AUGGAGCUCGGCAAUAAAAAGGUUCAUCACCUUCGGAUCUUGCUGUUUCUGGUGGUCAGGAUGUCCUGCCUGCAGAUGUCAAUUGGAGCAUCGUUAAGCCUCCUCCGGCAACCUCACGCUGCCACUUGUGAUUGCUUAUACAGUUCAGCACAUAGUAAUAGUAAUAAUAAUAAUAAUAGCUGGAGUAUAUCCACUACUAGAAAGACUGAAACGGCCGUGUUUGCCACCCAGCAGGAUGAGGUGCACAUAGGCUUCCUCGCCGGAUACGUCCAUUCGAAGGUCAUAUUGGGCGCCCUACUACUGGCUAUCGAAAACAUCAAUAACAACACCGCGCUGCUUCCCGGUAAAACGAUAAAGCUGAAGCCGGUCGAUAUAGGAGCACAGAAAUCUUUGAAAGCUUAUCCCAUCCGGAAAAUGACGGAAAUGAGAGACGAAGGAAUCGUGGCAUUUAUUGGACCAGAUGAAACUUGCACAACCGAAGCGUUGGUAGCGGCUGCCUGGAACAUUCCAAUGAUUUCAUAUAAAUGCGCCGAUGCUGCCGUCACAGACAAGACAGUGUACAGCAGCUUUGCCCGGACGCUGCCACCGGCGACUAAAGUGUCCAAGAGUGUCGUUUCAUUACUGCUAGCCAACAAUUGGCACUGCUUUACUAUAGUGGCUGGAAAACAUCCCGCCUGGAGUAUGGAAAUCGCGCACGCCAUCCAGACACAAGCGGAGACUAAUAACUUGACUGUCAAUCAUUACCGGGAAUACUCUGAUUAUAUUCCGUCGAAAAUUUACAAACUGCAAAACAUAGUGGAUGAAACAUAUCGAACAACUAGAAUUUACAUUUUCGUUGGAGAAUACAUCGAAAUGGUAGACUUUGUGCGCUGCCUGCAGAAUAGAAAUCUUUUGGAUAACGGCGAUUAUCUUGUGAUAUCGAUUGAUGAUGAAAUUUACGAUUCCAGUACCAAACGUAACAUAUAUCAAGAGUAUUCCGAUUUUUAUCAAAAAUACAUUGGAAAUUCUAAAGAUAAAUUUCCGAACCGAAAGCGUUACAGCUAUAAAGACAUUCAGGAGCGAUUGCAGGAAGCCUUUCUGUCAGUUCUUCGAAUUUCACCGUUAUUUCCACUUAACCCUCAAUAUAAGAAACUGUGUCAUCAAAUUAAAUGGUAUGCCAGGCAGGAGCCUUUUCAUGUACCACUUCCAACGAAUCCGAAAAUAUUUCAAGAAAUACAGGUACCGAUACACGCCGCCCAUCUGUACGAUGCAGUACUGAUCUAUGCCAGAGCUGCAACUGAAGUUCUUCAGCGUGGAGGCGACCUUCGAGACGGAAAACAGAUUAUGCGCCAUAUAUUCAAUCGUUCGUAUCAUUCGAUACAAGGAUUCGAUGUCUACAUCGAUGAAAAUGGAGACGCGGAAGGCAAUUUUUCAGUCAUCGCCCUGCAGAAAGACGAGAAAGUUAACAACUCACUCAACAAGUCCAUGCAGCCGGUGGGAAUGUUCGUGUACAGCAGCAACAGCACCAAUUUGCCCGAGUUCAAAUAUUUAAGCUCCUCGAGACCGAUCAUGUGGGUGAAGGGACGACCACCCCUGGCGGAGCCACCGUGCGGAUUUCACAACGAAAAGUGCCGCCCGAAGACUCGUGAUUGGCGUUAUAUCACCGGAAUAACGGUGGCUGGCCUGCUCUGCAUCGUGCUGAUCGUCAUACUUUUCAAACAUUAUCGAUACGAGCAGACCUUAGCAUGUCUUUUAUGGAAGGUAGAGAUGAAGGAUGUUACUAUUAUCAACUCACCGGACGCAUUAUACUGCAAUGAAUCGAAGAAAAAAUUGACACAGGUCUGCAGGCCUAGUAUAAUAACGGCAGGAGGAGAUGCUACGAAACGUGCCUUUACUAAUAUUGGUCUGUAUCGUGGAAACAUAGUGGCAAUUAAAUAUUUACACAAACGAUCGGUGGACAUCACCAGGGCUAUCCGAAAGGAGCUGAAGCAGAUGCGAGAGCUGCGUCAUGAGAAUCUAAUUGCGUUUAUUGGUGCUUCCGUCGAUACCGGAGCCGUGGCCAUACUGACUAGUUACUGUGCGCGAGGUAGUUUACAGGAUGUGCUGGGUAACGAAGACUUGUCGUUGGAUCACAUGUUCGUUUCGUCACUGGUUAGUGACAUCAUGAGAGGACUGAUUUAUCUUCACGAUAGCGAUGUUAUUUCGCAUGGGAAUUUGAGAUCUAGCAAGAUACUAAUCGAUUCGCGAUGGGUAGCGCAGAUCUCAGACUUUGGACUGCACGAGUUCAAGUCAUCUCAGGAGGAAUCAAAUAAAUUUGAAAAAGAGUUACAUCGAAGUUUGUGGAAAUCUCCAGAGAUACUUCGUAAUCCUAACACUCCAUCUAAAGGAACACAGAAAGGAGAUGUUUAUUCAUUCGGAAUAAUACUUUAUGAAAUCAUGGGACGAAAGGGCCCUUGGGGAGAUAUACAACUAUCCAACCAAGAAAUCAUCGCAAGAGUGAUUUCUCCACAAAACUACGGAAUAUUCAGACCUCCGCUUGGAAUACUAGAUGUCCCUGAUUAUGUGCUCCAAUGUUUGCAUGCCUGCUGGGAGGAAGAUCCCGAUGAUCGACCCGAUAUCAGAUUAGUAAGAGUUAAACUAAAACCAAUGCAGGCCGGAUUAAAACCUAAUAUUUUUGAUAACAUGUUGGCUAUCAUGGAGAAGUAUGCUUAUAAUUUGGAAGGUAUUGUUCAGGAGCGUACCAAUCAGCUUACAGAGGAGAAGAAAAAAACCGAAUCAUUACUGCUACGGAUGUUACCGAAGAGUGUAGCCGAGUCAUUAAUGCGCGGUGAGCGUGUGGAAGCAGAGUGUUUCGACUGUGUAACAAUUUUCUUCAGUGAUUUGGUCGGAUUUACUGAACUAUGCGCCGAGAGUACUCCAUUCGAGGUGGUGGAAAUGUUAAACGAUCUGUAUACAUGUUGCGAUUUCAUAAUCUCCAGUUACGACGUGUACAAGGUGGAAACUAUCGGCGAUGCUUACAUGGUCGUUUCUGGUUUGCCACUUCGGAAUGGAGAUCGUCAUGCCGGGGAAAUUGCCUCCUUAGCUUUGCAUUUGUUGAAGUCUUUAUCGAAUCUGGAAAUUCGACAUCGUCCAGGGGAAUAUGUUCAGAUUAGAAUAGGAAUACAUUCGGGACAGUGCGUUGCCGGUGUAGUGGGACUAAAGAUGCCCAGGUAUUGCCUGUUUGGAGAUACCGUGAAUACAGCUUCUCGAAUGGAGAGUACGGGGGAGUCUUUAAAAAUACACAUUUCAUCUGCGACUUACAAUUUGCUGAAGAAAAUGGGCGGUUACAAGUUUGAGGAACGUGGUCUUAUCAAAGUGAAGGGAAAAGGCGAUAUGAGAACCUUCUGGCUGAUCGGCGAAGAUGAUCAAAAGAAGAUGGAUCGGUUUGGAUCUAAUGACGCAGUUACAAAUCUCUCGCUAUCAUUCGUGCCAGACUUGAUUCGAACUCCUAGACAUUCGCAAACUAAUUUGGCAGACUCCAUUCGGCAGUUAAUUAGAAUCGAAUCUACAGCUUUACAUGCGCCUCACCACAGCUGCAGCAAUCAGGAACUUCCCACAUUAAACGCUCCGUCCAAUUUGGGCUGCUACAUAUGUCACAAACGUAAAGCUAACCAACGACCUCCGGUUAUUUAUGCCGUGUCGCAAAGUUUUUGCUCUAACGGAAUGCUAGCAGAAAACAAAACAGACUGCGGGUUGGAUUUGGAUACCGUUUGCACCUGUCGUCGACAACACUGUUUGCUGGAGUAUUACAACGAUAGUCUGAUGACAGUGCGAACUAUUCGAGAACCCAGAUCGGCUCCCCAGAUUACCUUUAUGCAAUGAAGUGUGCAUUUGUGAUAGGAAUAAACCUACAAAAAUGUUCGAUC